UGAUCUAGCGAGCUGAGAGUUGCCAUGUAUUUACCUGUUCAGUGGAAUUCUCAUACAUUCACCCAGGCAAAUACCUCGCAGUACAGAGGAGGUGAUUUAAAUUUCUCAAUUUUCAUUUGCACCUGCAUAAAUACUCUCCACAUCCUGCAAAGGAUGUCUGAAGUGGGGCGUUGCAGUCUUAUUUAGUGGGUGUGAUGGGCAGAAAAAGUAAAGUGGGUUAAAGAUUGUGUACGGGAAUUCUGCGAUUCCAUGAAAGUUUUCUUCAUCCACCACUUCUUCACGUGAGAUCACACAUCAACGAAUAUAGGUGUGAGACGAAGACAUACACUGGCAGAUCGAGUGCUGCCUCAAGACAUCCCAUCGAGAGACCAUUUAGUGUUGGUUCGACGAUUGCUGGGUGACUUUGUGGCCAAGAGUUGUGUCAAUUGCGGGAAGAUUCCACUACAAAUUGCUCACAAUUUGUAUUCAAAAUGUGAUCAAAGUGUUGGAAAAUCCCAGGAAAAAAUACAUUGAUGAGUUGAUAGCAAGUGAAAUUCUAUGGAAAAGCGGAAAACGUGAAAAUUUCGCAGUGCACUUCUCUGUCUAUAGUGAGAUAUUGCUGGAAAAAUACGUCUGGUGUUGAUUAGUCAGUGAGAAAAAUUCAUUAAGUGUGGAUCUGGUAUGGUGGCUCAGCGCUGAAACCGGAAAAAACGAACACUUCAGCAUUUCACGGAUUCAGUGACGGAGUUAUAGGGACUCUCGGUGAUUACACCUGUGAAAAAUUGUUUAUUCUGACGGGAUGAGAAUUGAAUGAAUGUGCAGUAGCUCAUCUCUGCAGAACAGCCUUGCAGCUCUGUGUCUCUCUGUCCACCACGGAGAGUGUAUUUUAACAAUAAGAACACAACAAAAGGUGAAAAAGAGAAAUCGACUAACGGUGAACGGAAAGCCAGACAUCAUUAUAUGAAUAACAAACCCGUGGUACUUAUGUUCACGCCAAUGUCACCUGACUGUCUCCAGCUUCCCUGAGUCUCUCCCCGGUGAGGAUGGGAGGAAAGUAAGGAUAAGUUGGAGCAUGAAAGAGUGGCAAUUUAUGUGACUCUGGAGGAUUAAUUGUGCCGGGCAGCAGCAGAAUGUGCGCAAGAGGUCAUGCAAAUAGUGCAAACGAUGAGACAAGUGCAACAGCCGCCUCUUGGAUCUCAAUUGGAUAGUCAAGUCAGGCUUCCGCAGUGGCCACGGAGGCUCAAGUCAGUCAUGGUCACUGGAUCUCUAGCGAGCCGAGGACAGCGGAUGGCCAUCGCCAUCCUCCUCCUGGUACUGUGCAUCAAAGCAGGACAAUGUCAGCUCAAUUCACCCCCAAUUAUGACGGUGGACCGGAAUUGGCGGAUUUUCGACACCCACGAGGUGGGCUCGUUUGUCACCCAAGUACAUGCUGUGGACGACGAAAAUGACCCUCUCGAGUUCGGCCUAGAGCCGUGGAAUGGCAAUUUCGGUACGUCCGCGGUCGCUGAGGGGCGAAUGCCGUUCCGCAUUGACUCCCAAACGGGCAUUGUGUACUUGAACGAGUCCCUGGAAGGCUGGGCAGGGCAGAACUUCUUCAUCUACGUCACCGUGUCCGACGGACAGUUGACAGCCAAGAACGAGGUGUACGUGAAUGUACUGAGCAAGAAUGCGUCCAAGGGGAGCGAUCUGUACAACCCCAGGCCGCCUGGCUUUACACCCAGCGCCAAGAACAUCUCCAGCCUCUUCCCACCGUUUCACUCCCUACCCGGCGUGCCCAGUGCAGCCGGGAAGCUGCCCCAGCCACCCAAUGGGUAUGCCUACGUCAAUGAGCCCCACUUCAGUCCGCCCACAGGCUCUCCCGCGGACGGGAAGGCGCCGACAGGAGGAAGUUCGGGUCACAAGACCGUGUUGAGGCCCAUUGAGGGCACAACGAAGAAUCUCACUCAAUACCAUGUGAUAUCUGAGAAUGGGGACGCCGCGGCGAAGGGCGAGGAUGCAACAGGUACUGCAGACAGUGUCCCUAUUGGAACAGUGGUGCCCAUCGUCCUCACAAUAGGCGGCAUUUUCCUCGUGGCGGCCAUUGUGGCGCUGCUGAUUUUCCGGAAACACGUGUGUGCUUUUGGGAAGUCGCUGAAGAAGAAGAGCAAGGAGGAGAUGGCAAAGAAGUCAAACCAAAGCAACGUUAGCAGCACUCUCACCGAGGACAGUCGCAACUCGAUGGUGCUGCAUCACUGGAACGGGCCGAUGGCGUUCAACAAUCGCUACGUGCCGUGGGAGCGGGACAAUCAGCACUCGCAGGCCACGUCGCAGCUGAGCAAUCUCUCCCAGGAGUCUCAGAUCACCAAAGAUCCUUGGGACUUCCCGCGACACCGUCUCAAGUUCUUCAAUAUCAUCGGCGAGGGAGCGUUUGGGCAAGUGUGGCGAUGCGAAGCGGCCCACAUUGAUGGCAAGGAUGGCCUCACAACAGUCGCCGUGAAGACCCUCAAGGAGAAUGCCACAGAAGUGGAGAAGCACGAUCUUCUCUCAGAAUUGACGGUAAUGAAGAGUCUGGAGCCCCACAUAAAUGUUGUAAGACUGCUGGGUUGCUGCACGGAGAAAGAGCCAAUCUUUGUGAUCUUAGAAUAUGUGAACAAAGGAAAAUUACAGACGUACCUGAGAAAUUCUCGAGCAGAAAAACACUAUGGCAAUACACAUGGCAAAUCCAACAUUCUCACGUCGGGAGAUUUGACGUCGUUCAUGUAUCAAGUGGCCAGAGGAAUGGACUUUUUGUCCUCACGCGGGAUUAUCCAUCGUGACUUGGCUGCCCGGAAUAUUCUCAUAACUGACGAGCACACCUGUAAAGUGGCAGACUUUGGCUUCGCCAGGGACGUGGUGACGUCAAAGAUCUACGAACGAAAGAGCGAAGGCAAAUUGCCCAUUAGAUGGAUGGCCAUCGAGUCACUGUACGACAAUAUCUUCUCUGUUAAAUCCGAUAUUUGGAGCUUUGGGAUACUCAUGUGGGAGAUUGUGACCCUGGGAUCGACCCCAUACCCAGGCAUUGCAGCAGCCGAAGUUAUGCGUCAGGUACGUGACGGCUAUCGCCUGGAGAAGCCAGAGCAUUGUCGUCGAGAGCUGUACAACAUUAUGUACUACUGCUGGGCCAAGGAUCCCAACGAACGACCAACUUUCUCCGAACUGGUCGUUCUCCUCGAUAAGCUGCUCCUCACCGAGACAGACUAUAUCGAAUUAGAGCGAUUUCCCGAUCACAAUUACUACAAUAUGCUGAGUCUGAGUGGUGAAAAGCUAUAAUUGUCCUCUUUAUGGCCCUCCGAAAAACAUCUCCCAACUGUUUUUGUGUACAUUAAGCAAGCAAGAAGGGAACAUAAACACCAAAUUAAUUGGGAUCAUGUUUCUCAUUAUACUCAAAGAAGACUCGGCAGAGUGUGUUUGGAGACGAAGAGGAUAAGAAGUUUUUCAAUUUGAUAACAUAGCAUUCUCGAAUUAGCAAUACUUUUGCUGCAUUGUAAUUUAUUCAGUGUAAAAACUAUAUUGUAAAUUGCUGUAUAUUAGUUUGAACAUUGAUUUGUGAAGAAACUUUAGUUGUUUCAUUUUCUGGCUGAUUUAUUGAGUCAAUUUUUAACUCAUUAGAGACCAAUUUCCGGAAAAUUAGAUUGAAAUUGCACACGCAUAUUUUAUGUGAAUAUAUU